GAUCUGUGUGAUAUUGUCAGUGACUCUUUCAAAUGAGGUUAAGGUGUGCUUCUUCAAGUUUUGAUUUUCUAUUGCAUUUUACUUAUAUAUUCUGAAUGUAGAUCCCUGGUUUUGCUUCUUAUUUGUUGAACAUUUGGUCACGUUGCCUUUAAAUAUGGCAAGAGAAGACGACAAUGAACGUGAUAAUGUAUCUCUUCUGGACUCUAUUUUUGAUCAGUUUGGUUUGAAUAUUCGAACACAAGGGCGACAAAAAGCUUUAACUCAUGCAUUUUACAAUUCUAUGAGUGUUAUAUUAAUUGUUGUUUGUGCUAUUGCAGUGGGAUGCGUGUUUAUAAUUUUAGAACCGUUCAUUAAACCCCUUUGCUGGGCUGUGGUUGUUGGUUCAGUUCUACAUCCUAUCAAAUUCAAAUUGUCGACAUUUUUCAAGAAAUGGUUGAAUCAUUUGGAAAAAUCUAAUAAACCAAUCACCUUAGAAAUUAUUAGUCUGCCAUGUUUCAUUAUACUUUCGCUUUCUACUUUUGUGGGCAAUAUUGUUAUUUCUAAAAUAGGUUUGUGCAUUCUUGGUAUUUUUGGAGGCUCGAUCAGCGUAUUUUGGCUCUAUGAAUAUACCCCAGAGACCGUCGUCAAUUCGUCAUGGCUGUGUUUCAAAUGGACUCAACUUGUCUUGAGCUUUUUCUUGGAUCUGUUUGAGAACUCUUGGAUUAUAACAUUAUUGCUGUGUUGCUACUUUGGAAGCGUAUUCACACUCUGGAAUGACCAAAAGAACACUCCUCUCUAUCUGGCAUCAUGUUUGACGUGGUUCGGUUGUUCUUGCUACAUUGCUGGAUGUUUCAACUACUUGCGGCUUCCAGUGUUGCUAUUUUUCUUGACUGUCACACUAUUUGGAGUUUGGAAUGAGACAAGCAGCAAGAGAGAAGACGAAGAUGAAUACCCUACUGAACCAAACUCCAAGUUGCGAGAGGCGGACUCGUGGAACAAUAAAGAUGAACAGAUUUCACAAGACAAACUCAAUUCAAAUGGUUCAAUGAAUGAGAAAAAUGAAGUCAUUCAUGAAACGCCGAUCAUAUCAGCUAUGAAUGUUGAUCCGAGCAAAGACUCGCUCAUUAUCGACGAUUGUAACAAAACAGUGGAAACAUGUGAAGAUGAUGACGAUGAGGAUGUAGUCGACGCGUCUCCAGAUAUCAGCAAAUGGUUGCAGUCAUCGCCUCACACAAGUGACCUAUACAUAUAUUUGGUAGCAUUGUGCUGUGUGGUGUUCGUUGUGUUCACAAACCUCUGGCUUCUCUAUAUCAUCGCUUUCCUACUCCUCAUAUACACCGUCAAAUGCUUGUGUUUGGGAUUUGGAUUGUGGCUACUUGUGCAGGAAUUUUGGGAUCGGCUCGACAGAUUGGAAGGCUGGUACACAACCCGCCGUCAUGUGCUUGUACCAUUACCAGUCGCUGCAUUCUUCAAGACAAUGGGCAUCAUGAAAUGCUUUAUUCUGCGCAGCCUGCAGGAUUUCUGUGACGCUGCAGCGUCCGUCACUGUCAUUCUUGGGUUACUGGCACUUGUCAUCAUUGUAUCGAUUUUUCUCUGUAUUCAGAUGUACACAGAAUGCUUUUAUAUGGUAAAAGUGAGCGGCCAAGUGAUCAACCAGACUGUUGUUCACAAUCCAGAAUUGAUGCAAUCAAUACCAGAAGGAUGGGAAGAUCAACUUGACUCAGUUCUCAACAAUGCUUAUACAUAUGGAAGAGAGUGGCUGAAGAAAAUGCUUCAUUCGCUUAUAAGAGACGAUAUUCCGCCAGAGAAAUCAGAAGGCAUUGUGCAAACGGUGCUGGAGCUAUGGGACCGCACCUACCAGUACUGGAUCGCCUCCUCACUGGAAAAGCAGAGCAUGGGCCCCAAAGUCACAUCCACUGCCGUCUUCGACUCGUGGGGUCGGUUCGUCAAUGGCUUCCAAAAAACGCCUGAAUUGAUAAGCUUGGACAGAAUUAAAUCACUAUUGAUGGACAAUAUGGCGGUUCUCUCUUCAAGUUUUGAUUCUCUAUGGUUGAUUGUUAAAGGAAAUGUUAGUUUACUCUUUUACGGAGUGACAACUUUCUUUUCUGUAAUUAUCGGUCAUGGAGCAGCUUUACUCGGUUUCUUUAUAAACAUGAUUAUUUUUCUAACUGCUCUCUUCUAUCUUUUAAACUCCAGUAGAGAACUUUACAAACCCGUGGAAGUAUUAACCAACAUGAUCCCUCAGUAUGGCAAUACACUGGCAGUUGCAAUGGAGACGGCAGCUAAAGAGGUUCUUGUCGCUUCUUUCAAAAUGACAAUUUUCUAUGGUCUAUGGACUUGGUUCAUCCAUAGCCUAUUUGUUGGCAACAUCGUUUACAUACCUUCAGUGUUGGCUGCAAUACUAGCAGUUGUUCCUGUCCUUGGCACUUAUUGGGCAUGUAUACCUGGUGUGCUGGAUUUAUGGCUUGCUCAAGGAAAAGGCUUCCAUGCGAUUUUGUUGGCCGUUUUCCAGUUUCUUCCCACUACAGUGGUUGACACCGCCAUUUACAACGAUAUUCAUGGAGGGCAUCCAUACCUGACUGGUCUGGCGGUAGCGGGAGGUGUAUUGUAUUUGGGGGCUGAGGGGGCGAUAAUCGGACCUCUCGCUCUGUGUGGACUGCUCGUCGUUAUCAACCUGUCGUCUGGUCUCCUCAAAGAAUCCGCUCCUCCUCCUUCUCACAUGUCACCUGAAUCUUCAACAUAAACACAUAAGUUUUCAUUUAAAGAUCAAAAGCUUAGAGCCGUAUCUAUAAACGACUGUUGAGAACGAACUUGGCCUAUAAAUCUUUGUUUGCCCAGCAACCAAGAACUCAAAACGAGAUUCACUUUCAACUUGUGAUGUUGGAAAAUGCUGCUCUGCAAACUGUCAGCAUUGCUACAAUGGUCUGGCCAGUUGAGGAAUUCUGACUGAGUGAAUCUCACUGUAGAAUCGUUUGGCUCAUGUUAUUGGUUGCUAGGAAACCAAACAAUACUAAACUCGUUGGUAAAUACAGUCUUCAACGAAAAACAAAUUUUAUGUUCAAAACAUUUUUUGUUGGAAAUCGUGAUUAGUCAUCAGUAAUAUAACUACUUUACGCUUCAGUCGUUUAACCAUUUUGUGUCAAUGAAUAUCUGUGAUUAAGAUUGUAGCUUUGUUACCAACCAUUAUUUUUAGUCUUGUUGAAUUCUGAAAGCUUUUCUAUUUUCUUAAUAUUUUCGUUAAAUAUUUUUAUAUAUUUAUUUAUUGUUGCUUAUUUUAUUAAUUUUGUAUAUUUUUGCUAUAUUUGUAAUUAAUCAGUUAUAAUUGGUUAGGCUUUAUAUCACGUAUCAUGAUGUCAUUGAGUAUUGUUUGUUUUUGUGCGAUAAAAUAUACAUGCAAUACGUCCAUUCUACAUAAAAUAUAAAGCUUAGGUAUGUUUUAAAUUUUGUGCAAUUUUUUCGAUGUUUCAGUUAUGGUUUCAAUUUUGUGACAAUAAAUUAUACGAAUGGUAAUUCAGGGACUUGAAAAGCAUGUUUACACAAAUGAAAUUAGUAGAUAUUAUAAUUCUAAUACAGAGUGUUGUUUCGAAAGAAAAUUGUAGACUUUUUUCUAAUGAUAGACUGAGACAGAGACUCUAUUGCAAUCAUUCCAUAUUCACUUAAUCGUUAUUAAAAGAAAUAGUACAGAUGUUUGAAAAUCUCCAUUGUUUAAAAACAAGAUGAAUUCCUACAUUUAUACAGUUUAUCCUCUUUCUAAGGCUUUAAUAAUUUUGAUGUUAAAAUAAUAUCAACUGUGUGUAAUCCUAUUAUCAUCUGUAUUCAAAAUGAAACAAUCAUCUUAGUGUUUCAUCAAUUUAUCAUUGUCCUUAUUGGAAUUGAUUGCUGGCCUGAUUAUUGUUAAGCUCAUAUUUUAUUUUUUAUUGAUUUAAACAGUAUAAAACUGUUGAUUGUUGCUCAUUGAGCUCAGAGAAUAGCUGAUCCAUCAUCUGAACAUUUAAAAAAUGUUUCGUAAUGAAAUUACGUCAAUCCAAUCUAGCGUUAGUUCCCACCGAUAAAAGCCAUACAAUCGGAAAAAUUAAAAACGAAUUCAUAGUGAAUCAGUUGAAUUUAGAAUAGAAACCACAAAUACAAGGCUGAAACAUUUCUCUCUUGAAUGUCUACAAAAUGUUUACAAUGAUUUCUAGAGUUUUAUUUUCCAUCUCAUAUUAAUGUAAUGGUUGUAAUCAUAGUAUAGUGGAAGUAAUCCGCAGUAUAAAAUAAGUUACUUGAUUUUGGCAGUUGAAGAUUCAAAUAUGUUCAAGGAAAUGCGAUUAAUUUCAAGAUCAAAAAAGUUAUGAAAAGUUUUUUGGCACCGAAAAACGCCAAGAAACAGUGCAUUUGAAACUAAAUUUCAUUUUAUAAACAAUAAUAAUUGAUAUUAUAUAUGCUUGGAUUGUAGUUUAUCAUUUGUUUGUUUUCUGCAUAACUUGAAAAUUUUAAAUCUAUGAUAGAUUAACGGUUGAUAAAGCUUCGAGUAUGAAAUAGUUAUUUACGGAGAUUUUAUUGAGUAAAAAGGAAUGUGUAAGAGCCUUGUUUGUGUAAAAUGCUGUGUGACCUAUAUUGAUGUGUGUUUUAUGUAAUAUGGUUAUGGGUACUCUAAGAAUAUUAGUGUACUUAUAAUAUAUUUUUCUUUAUUCUAAUUGGGCACGUUCUAGCUUGGGUAGUUACCAAUUUGUAAUUAUUGCUUCUAGUCUAAACUUUAAUCUUGCAAUCCCAAUAAUAAAAAUCUGACCAAUUUAAGAAUCGAGAGUUUGGAGUUUCAGGAACGUAAUGUUAAUAUAACAUAAUGUUAACUUAUUUUAGAGCUUAAAAUAUUAUAUUUAAUAAUAUUUGAGCUUAUUUAGAGCUUUAUAUUUCAGGAUCCUGAAUUUCAUAUGUUACCCAAUUUUAUAUGUUACACCUCUUGAAGAAGUAUUUGCUCUUAUGAAUUUUAAUCCAUUCCAAUUAUUCUAACUAAUUAUUAUUAUAUUUCCUUCUGGAUUGCAUAUUAAUUUUGUGAAUAAUGUUUCAAAUAAACGCUUAUUGUUGUCUACGGUACGGUAUACAAUAAUAAUCAUUGUGAUUAAUCCAUCUAUUCAUUCUUUAUCCAAAUUUGUGAUUACGCUACUGCAACUCCAUUCUCUCAAUUCCAAUGUUGAACAAAUUAUUAGUGAGAUUUACUGAAAUGUACUGUCUUUAUUCCUAAAUGAACAAUAUAAAUCAAUCAAAACACCAUUCUAAUGAGAGAAACUUGGUUAUAUAUAUAUGUAUUAAAUGAAUAAUAGAUUUAUUAUGCAAUUCAGAAGCGACGACAGAUUGCUUGAAAAAUGAAGGUUUCAAUCAAUGUUAAUCUCUGUGCUUUCCAAUUGUGACUGAAUUAUAUAAUGAGAAUCUACCAAGGGCCUUACUGUAUUAUUGGGUGGAUUGGUCCAAUAAAUGAGUACACCGUGAAUUGAAAUUUAUU